GUAGAAUUGCGCGAAAAAAUCUCAAAAUUUUGAUUCUUGGUGAAAAAAGUGACCGGAAAUCGGUGUUUUUGAUGAAAAUACCCAAAACGAAGGCGUAGAUCUGAAUAUAUUCGACUCAACGGUGUAAAAUACCCAUUCCUAAGAUGUUCAAGUUCACCGACGACGACGAUCCGGACGAUGAAGGUUUUUUGGACCUGCCUCUGGAUAAAUCCACCUGUAAGGGCGAACUCAAUUCAACGAAAUGUUCGGAAGCCGAUAAUCUCAAAGAUAUACUCGAGAAUUGCGAAGAAGACGAUCUAAUUCUUUCUAUGAUAGAUACUGUGGAUACUUCAACGAUCGAUCAAUCGUUACCGAAACAAGGUUCAAAUAAUGUUAAUUUACAAAGCUUUGAAAGCAUCUCGACUACUCAUACGACACCUCGAAAGAAUGAUUGUCAAAGUUCGAUCGAAAAAUACAUCACGACGAGUAAUGUUAAACAUAAAUCAACGUUAGCUGAUCCUUGUACGUCUACGUUGAAAGCUCCUAGAGUAGAAUAUGAGCGAAAAUUCCCCGGUCCGGCUGGAUUGAUUCCUAUAAAAUCGAAAUUCACGACUCCUGUGAAAUAUCAAGUUUUGCCCGAAGGUUCACCCAAACAGGCUGACGUAGCUCCAGGAAAAAAUGAUUUCAUUUUCGAAAGUGGUUGCUGGGAUGAACUUACUAAAGAUGUAGAAACGAUGUCACCUCGAUUAGUAUCGAUUAUCGAAGAGAAUACCGUAGCUUCGGUCAGAAAGAUGAAUAUUAUCUGUAGCAAACCUAGAAAAUUACGAUUCUUCGCUGCCCUAAUUGUAAACAUAGAUUGCUCCGUUUGUGAUCCGAGUAUCAUGUUGAAAGAUUCUACAGGAGAGAUUCACGGUACAUUGCACAAGGAGUUAUGGGAAACGUAUAGUAAUUUACUUACCGUAGGAACAGCUUUACUAAUGAAACAAGUUAGCGUUUCUAGUAUCACGAAUUCGAGAAAAUUAUACGUCAACGUUACCAGUAACAAUAUAGUCAAGCUUUACACUCCACAAACAGGAGCUCCAGUUCUAGUUACCGAAGUAGCGUCUAUUUCUCAGUUCGAUAUUGCUCCUCAAGUCAAGAAAAACGAACGACUGGUUUUCGAAGAAACUAACCCAAAUAUACCCCCCAAGCCCACUAGAGAAGUUCCUACUCGUAAGCCAUCCUCAACAAACCCUGUUUCGAAGACGACUGAUCAUAUUACUCAAACGACUCGUAAAGAAAACAAACCUCUUCGUACCGAUAACUUCAAAACCAAGACUGAUACACUCGUUCGUAACGUAGAAUUAUCUAGUAAUAUUCCACAUCGAAACGAGAUCGUUUUCGAUGAACUGAACGGUCUCGACGAUACACUUAUUCGUUCGGUAGAAAUAUCUAGUAAUAUUCAAACUCAAAAAGAGAUCGUUUUCGAUGAAUUGAACGAUAUAGACGCCGAUAGUCUAUUUGGCGAAUUUUAAUCUCGCUGAGGAGUUCAUUUUAUAAGUUUAUUUACUUCGUUAACUAUUUUUCAUUAUGUUCAGUGCAGAGAAUCACGAUUAUUUAGCCGAAGGUUGUUUACUUUUCUAUUUUUUUUCUAUCACUCUUAUCGUAUUUGUAAAUUUAGAACCAUGUGUGACAAUAUUAAAUUACUACUAAGACUCGGAAUAAACGUUAAAAAACAAAUUUAUUACGUAAA